ACCAUAUGAUUGAAUGUUGGUUACCUAAACACGAGCACGGCUAAAAAAUAUUUGAAACCUGCCGAAGGAAACUAUUUCAACACAUUGAGCAACCAGAUGCAGAAUUUCAACUUGCAAUUACCGGCAGAGUGACGCUUCAGAGGAAGAAACAUACAAUUACUACGUGUAAUCCAUCAGCCAUCAGAUUCCGGCAAAUUCGUCAAUGGUCCUUGUCAAAAUGAUGCGAAAUUUUGGAAUUUUAUCAAUGAGAAAGUGUAAUUGGGUGAGCCUGCUGGGCCCCAAGGAACGCGCCUGGGCGUCUACCAUGCGAUUAUACUCCCCAUGCACUGGAUCAUACAACCAAAAUUGGUUAAAGUGUGAGCGGAGUGACAGUAACAAAAUUCAACCAACACGAAGUCUUCACGAAAACAGCAAUGCACAGACAUCCGCCAAAGAGAACGAAAAUGUGCGAAAGCCUGAAGAUCUGGAGCGAGCCUUCGAGGUGCUGAGAACGACGCUGCCCAAGCUGUUUGUGGAACCGCUGGACUAUUCCAUAUACAGCCCACACCUCAUAUUUGAGAACAACAUCACCGGCAAGCACACAGUCGGUCUCUACCACUUUGUCAAGCAAAUUGCCAUUCUCCGCACCGUGGGCCACUUGAAGUAUGCCUACGUGAAGUUUGAGGUUCUCAAAAUCACAAAACAUCCCGACGACCAAACCGUGCGCAUUAGGUGGCGCGUGAGGGGCAUCUCCGGGCUCAAGGUGAUGUUCCAGUUCUGGAAAUACAAGGUGUGGCAGUUGAAGGAAGUGCUGCGGGACCAGGAAUCGUGGUACGAUGGAUUUUCCAUAUGCUACCUGGGAGACAGUGGUCUAAUAGAGAAACAUGUCGUUGACAAAGUCAUGCCGGAUGAAAGCCGAGAGUCUGUUAAAAAUACCUCUGAAACAUCGCUGCCAACCGAGUCCCUGGCAGCGACAGCAACACAGAAACUGAGUUGUCAAUGAAAUUGUGGCUAGUUGUAAAUGUUACUUAUUUAUUGCAUUAUUUUACAUAAUAAACAGCAACUGUGAAGAUGUUUAGUAACUGCA